AUGAAUAGAUCCGUUUGGACUGUUAUAACAUGUACAAUGUUAUUAGUUAUUAUAUGUAAUUUUAAUACAAUGAAAGCUGCUCCAGCUAAUAAUACACAAGUCCCAGCCAAAACUACUCCUAAACCUGCAGCACCUUCUACUGUUAAAAACGCAGCACCUACGACUCCUAAACCUGCAGCACCUUCUACAAUUAUCGGACUAAGCUUUCAAGUGAAUUUUCCUUUUUACCGAAUCCCAUUAUUUUCGAAUUUCACAGGAAUAAACGUAUAACUUAUGAGGAAUAUCAAAUUUUUUUAAUAUUCUUACAAAUUUUCCAACAGGAUAUAAAUGGGUCCGAUUUUCAUGCUUCAAUCUACUGGUUCAUAAUUGAUCUACAAUAUUGAAAUGCAUUAAUCCUAUUGGUUUUAAUUGGACUUAAAUCAUAUUAUUUAUGUUGAGUACUGUGUGUAUUAGUUUGGUUUUCGUAGUGUAAAAUGACUCAUUGCUGAGUAGUUGUUUCGUCUUCUGAUAUCUAGUCAUUGUAAGUUUAGGUUAAUUGUUGAAAUUAGACUAUACUUUCGAUCGUUCAUGUGAUAAAAUGAUACAGCUUGAUCUACAUUACAUAAUGAUAUUCAAAUACCAAUUUCUAAUUAGAUUUAUGAUUAUAAUAUACUUGACAGAGCCAAACCUCAACCAAAUUUAC